AUGACCAUCAUCUUUACAUUUGCGACUUCUUUACGGUCAACGCCUGCUUUCGAGGCGAUUGGACUAUUUGUGCUCUCCGUGAUGUGGGUUGCGAUGGGAGGCUUCACCGUCGAUCGUAUCGGAGGCGUCCAGUGCUUUUCCUUGCCUCAUGACCCUAUCAAUACUGGUAGGAACAAAACUAUGCCAGCUGAUACCCACUGCAAACAGAUGAAAGUUAUUAUGGCAUUUUCCUGGGCGGAGUUUAGCAUUUUCGUUCUGAUGUUCAUCAUUGUCGUCAUCCUCACCAUUCGCGCGAGGUCGCAUGGGGCUGGAAGCCGAGUAUGGAACGAAUCUAUUUCGGACUUGCCAUGGUUUGGCACUUGGGUGGGCGAAGACCGACGGCACUAUCAACCUACAUAUCCAAUGCCAGGGACGACCUAUGCUCCUUCUACUUAUGCCCCAGGAUCUGUAUAUCCACCAGUAUCUUUUGGUCCCGAUGGUGUGCCCGAGCGGAUUGUCAUUCAGGCACCCCCACCUGGACAAACAGUAUAUCUUCAUCCAGAUGAUGGUUAUGCACAACCGACGAUUCAGCCCCGCUAA